AUGCCCGCUCUGGUGCAGGCAACUCGCAGUGGCGACGCCCCCGCGCCAACUAUAGCCCAGCCGCACCACGUACCACGCCUCGUCCGUCCCCCUCCGACCAACGACUGCCAAAACCAUGUCCUCGAACACCUCAACUCGACCCUCCCAAAGCUCGCUGCGCAGCAACCCAGCCGUCCCUACUCUGCUUUGCCCUCGUCCGACGCCCUCAGAGCGCACCUCGACCGCCUCAGAGAUGCACAUCGCCAGGCACAGCAGAACACCAUCGACGCAGAGACCACCCUCCGAAGGCAGCUCAUCGCCAGCCUCUCGUCGGUAAAGGCCCUCCGGCAACGCCUCGAGCACCUCCCAGACGGAAUUGCAGCCACCGAGGAUCAGUUGCUCGACCUAUGCGAAAACCUCGUCGGUUCAUCUUCUUCCGCUCUCCAGCACGGUGCCCCCGCAGAGUCCAGCCGUGGUGCCUCGAAAACCCUCCUCAAGCGACUCGAGCAACUGCACAACGCCAUCGAGAAGCUCACACAGGCAAAGGCCUACUUCAGCCUCCUCGCAAAGGCAGAGGAUCUCCGUCUCGCCAUUGCAAAGCAGGAGGAGGCUGCUGCCACUGCCACCUCCCGGGCUCAAGACGAUGGUCAGGUCACCGCUCUCGAUCUCCUCGCCGAGCUUCACCUCCACGUCCAGCGCUGCGAGAGACUCUUGCGCGCAGACUCCUCGCCCAUCAAAGCCAUCCCCUUCCUGCAGGCUCAGCGCGAUGCUGCCCUGUCCCUGAUGCGCAAGGCUCGCAUCACCCGCCUGCAGCGCGCGCUCGCAGCCAGCAACUGGCCCGACCGAAGGCCUGGCAAGUCGGCAGAAGGCGACCACGAUGACUUUACCGACGACGGGGCUGCUCCACCUGCAGCAGACUUUGCCAGGUCAGAGAGCGUGCGCGAGGCCUGGUCGGACCUCUGCCACCUCCAGGACCAGGCCGAACGACUGGGACUCAUGCCGCGAGCCACGGCCAAGCCUCGGACGAAGCGCAGGCACGGGUCGGCGACAGACGAGGGCAAGCGGGUCGCAGCCGGAUCCGACGACUAUGUGCCGCUCUUGGCGACCCAGGUCGUCAUCGAGCCCUUGCUGCUGCGCUUCCGCUACCACUUUGACGGCACCCGCCCCACAAACCGGCUCGACAAGCCCGAGUGGUACCUCAGCCACAUCGCCUCCCUCAUCCGCUCCCAGACCGCCCUCUUCCAGCCGCCCAUCCGCGGCGUGCCUGGUUCUGGCGGGCCGAUCGCCAGGCUCUGUCGCUUCUACGCCAAUACGCAGCUCGAGGGCAAGGAGCGCAGGGCGUUCCGCUACAUCGACACCUACGCGGAGAUGCUGCACGGCCUGCUGACGCCCUUGCGCCGCAAGCUCGCAUCGUCGAUGCCAUCGCUGCUCGAGCAUCCCUCGCUGCUGGCGCACACUGUCUUCCAGGCGCUCACUUUUGAUGCCGACCUUGGCGAGCAGUUCCCUGCCUCGCGUGCGGUGCUCGACAAUGCCGGCACCGCCAAGCUCGCCGACGACAUCCUGGCGAACCGGGAAUGGUUUGUUCGCUGGCUCGAGGGAGAGAAGGAGUUUGCGCUGCGCAGGUUCGACGAGGCCGUCGAUGCUCCGGACGCAUGGGCCAUCGGUGCCUCUGACUCGAUCGCCGAGGAUGACGAGCAGAUCUACGUCGCACAGGCGUCGCGAGAUGUGGCUGAGGGCGGGUCGAAAACGACCAAGUCGGCGCGAGCCGUCGUCGAGAUUCUAGAGAGCGUCACCGAGCGCUACCGCCCGCUGCCCUCGCUCGAGCAGCGACUCUCGUUCUUGGCCAUGGUCCAGCUUCCCAUCCUUCGGGCAUACCACCAACGACUCUCCAAGAGCCUCGACGCCUUCGAGUCGCUCUCGAGCGCGUUUGCGCGCGCCAUGCCUGGCGAGAUCUCGGCCGGCCUGGGCGCGGCAGCCGGCGUGUCGACAGGGACGAGCGACUCGGACAUGGUCCGUGGACUGCGCGGGCUCGGUCGGCUGAUCAAGGCGAUGCUGUCCGCCUCGUUCAUCUGCGAGGAGCUGGACCGAUGGGCCGAGACGGCCUUUUUCGUCGAGCUGUCCGAGGACCUGCAGGGCACCGAGGAAGGGCAGAAGCUCGCGCUGGGCCUCAAGCGGGACGACGAGGCGGAGCAAGAUCGCGAGCUCGACGCCGCCAGCCUGGGCACGCUGCUGAGACGCGGUCUGAAGCGGGGAGCGGCCAACGCCCGACCGACCACGCCCAACUCGGCUACCACGGCUCCUUCGGCCGGCACCCUGGCCGCAAGGUCGGAGGGGACCGGUACAGCCGCACCCUCGCAGUCCCUCGACGAUGCAGGUCGGUUCGGGGUAUGGGCGGAGCCCCGGCGCAAGUUUGGCGAAGUGGUCGCGCGCGCAACGAACGGCGUCGAGAAGCUGAUUGUGAGCGAGGUGCUCGAGCAGCUGCGGCCCUACGCGCACCGCAACUGGAACACUGCAGGCCGAGAGGCUCGACGAGAUCAAGGUGGCGAAGUUGCAACGCAAGGCGGAGACGAUGACGAGGCGGACGAGGAUGGGGAUGACGAGGAAGGCGUGCCUACGCCGUCGCUUGUGCCUUCGCUCUCGAUCCUGUCGACGCAUCUCUCGCACCUCGUUGCGAUCCUGGAAGCGCCACAGUCGAUUCCCAUCUAUCGCCACGUAGCCGCUUCGAUCAGCAACGCCGUCAUCGAGCGGGUCGUCAUGGCCGGAGGAUCCCACCGUUUCAUCUACCCCUCCUCGGUGCGAUUCAAAUCCGACUUCGAAGCGGGGUGGAUGCACGCCGUCUCUUCAUCUUCGUCUUCUUCGGCAUCUCGAGCGACGAAAUUCGGUCGGAACCCGAGCGCGCCGUGGAAGCAGCUGCGCGACGUCGCCACGCUCCUCUCCCUCCCCACAUCCUCCCCAUCCUCGGCAUCGGCAGCGGCAGCAACGAGGGAUGAGGGGACGGUAUGGACACUGGCCAAAGCCACGCGUCUCCUCUUUGACGAUGAACGCGGACCGGCGUGGGAGGACGAGGUCACGUCGUUCCAGGAUCAACUUGGCGUCGAUCUACAGUCACUCGCCCUCGCGCGGUGA